UAUCUCCUUGCCAGCAGCAUUACAAUUAGAAAUUGCCUUUCUUGUUUCUUGGUUUUGGUGUUGAGGAUUUUGCUGAUAUAUAUGUUUGUUGUUUGACUCUUAGAUUCUUAUGUCAAGACAAUACCUUUUUGUUACUUGAGACUGGAAAGUGUUCUUGACUGCUUAGAUACUGAUUACCCAAAGAUAGGUUGUUUUUCUCUAUGGUUUUGUACCUUUGUUUUGCUAAUCCUAAUCCUUUUCUUGUUCUUCCUGUUUUGAUAGUCCUAAUCCUUUUCUGGAUUUUGAGGUGUUUUAUAGUGUUUGAAUUUACUAUCUUGUUCUUUUUCUGUUACUUUACCCCCAAAAGAAAUGUGCCUUUUCUUUUGGUUGGAGGGAUUUUUGCACCUCCAAGUUCUUUACUCAAAUUGGAUUCUUGGACAUUAUAGCUAUGUGAUUGAUGCCAUUAGUCUGUUCCUUUUCGGGUAUUUAUUUUCUACCAUUAAUCGCCUUUUUUGCUUCUGUUUGAGUUUUUUGAUCAAUAAACAAAUAAGGUUAGAGGAAAAAGGGAUUUUUUAUUGCCUGUGUUAUGCUUUGUGAACUUAACCUUCCCUUUCAUCCAGCAAAAACUGUAUUGCCUGGUGAUAUAUUAUGUUGAGGAUAUCUACUUGGAGUUCAUCCCUCAUCCUUUAAUUUGGAUGUUUGGGCUCGCCUUUUCUUUGUCUGGGAGCAUUUUGAAGUACACAGACAUUACAUGAGUUCUACCAAUUUAUGUGGCUCACAGAGAGGCAUAAGAAAGCUCUAUUUGAGGCUUUGGAAAAGGUUAAGGCUGAGUUGAUGGUUCUUGGUUUUAUCUCAUUAACCCUUGUGUUCAGCCAGUAUUAUAUUGCUGGAAUCUGUAUCCCCACAAGUGUGGCUAACACUCUGCUCCCUUGCCCUGCUGUUAACAAAGAGGAUAAAACGGAGGAACAUCGCCGGAGGCUUUUAUGGCAUGAGCGCAGGAUUUUGGCUGGUGCAGAGCCUAAAUGUGAUGAUGGACGAGUCUCUCUCAUUUCUAUCGACGCACUGCAUCAAAUACACAUCCUUAUCUUCUUUUUGGCGGUCUUUCAUGUGGUAUACAGUGCUAUCACUAUGUGGCUGGGAAAACUCAAGAUUCGUGGCUGGAAAUGCUGGGAACUAGAGACCUCAACCCAUAACUAUGAGUUUUCAAAUGAUCCUUCAAGAUUUAGGCUUACUCAUGAGACAUCAUUUGUCAGAGCACAUACUAGUUUCUGGACCAAUAUUCCAAUCUUCUUUUACAUUGGAUGUUUCUUGAGACAAUUUUUCAGGUCCGUGAAUAAGUCAGACUACUUGACCCUCCGCAAUGGCUUUAUCAGUGUUCAUUUGGCUCCUGGAAGUAAAUUUAACUUCCAAAAGUAUAUCAAAAGGUCAUUAGAGGAUGACUUCAAGGUAGUUGUUGGUGUCAGUCCAGUUUUGUGGGGAUCGUUUGUUGUUUUCUUGCUCCUAAAUGUUAGUGGGUGGCAUGCAUUGUUCUGGGCAUCCUUAAUUCCUUUGAUUAUCAUUUUAGCUGUUGGAACAAAGCUUCAGGCGGUGUUGACAAGAAUGGCUCUUGACAUCUCGGAGAGACAUGCAGUAGUCCAGGGAAUCCCUCUUGUUCAAGGUUCAGACAACUAUUUUUGGUUUGGACGACCUCAGUUGGUUCUUCACCUCAUCCAUUUUGCCUUAUUUCAGAAUGCGUUCCAAAUAACAUAUUUCUUAUGGAUAUGGUAUGAGUAUGGGCUAAAAUCUUGCUUCCAUGACAAGUUUGGUUUCAUCAUUGCGAAAAUUGCUUUGGGGGUGGGAGUUUUAUUCGUAUGCAGCUAUAUCACUCUUCCACUCUAUGCCCUUAUUACUCAGAUGGGCUCCAACAUGAAGAAAUCCAUUUUUGAUGAACAAACCUCAAAGGCAUUAAAGAAGUGGCAUAUGGCGGUGAAGAAGAAGCAGGUAGCUAAGGGAGACAAAUCUAUACGGACACUAGGCAAUGCAAGUCCGAGGUCCUCUGUGGGCUCACCUCUACACCCGUCGAUUGGUCCUACACUUCAUCGGUUUAAAACAACCGGUCACUCAACACGUUUCAAUGGCUACGAUGAUCUAGAAGCAUCUGACCUCGAGAAUGAUCCAACUACACCGAUAAUCCGUGCAGAGGAACACUCAACUGAUCAUGAUGAUACUGAACUUCAAGUGCAUGUUCCUCAAAAUGGAGAAUCCUCCAGGAAUGAAGACGACUUUUCGUUUGCGAAACCUGCUCCUAAAAGGUGAAAAAGAAGCAGGUAAACAAAUACAUAUGGUAUUUGAAUAGUAGCUUGCUUCUUCUCUUUAUCUUGUGUUUAUAGAGGAAUGUGGUACAAAGUAUAGUUAGCAAUUGAUCAUAGGGAUACAUUAAACAUAUACAUGAUGUAUUGUAUCCACUACUAUUGUUUGCCUUAUUACUACCUACAGUUUUGUUCCAUUGUGAAAUUUUAAAAGGAAGCAAAUCUAGAUUUAGCCAUGAAGUUGUUGAUCACA